AUUGGCUCGCCGAGAAUUGACACACGCGCCUGGAAUGCAAAUGCACGUCGAAUCGACAAUAAUUCCAGUGCGAAAUUAAGCGAACGCGUCCAGCCAGAAUUCCUUCCGUCGGUGUCAACUUUCCCGAAAGAAGCAAAGGCGGACCUGCCGCUUCCUGUGCUGAACGACAGCUGCACAGAGACACCUGAAAAGUGCUGCAGGGAAAAACGAUCACCAUGUCCAUCGUCUACAGAGCUGAGGUGGUGUGCGACUCGAUUUUGGAGAACAAAGAGGUGACCAAGAGUUACUGGGAGGAGCGCAUGAUGACGUUGUCGACGGAGGACGUGUUUCGUCCUGCCGAGGAGCAGCAGCAGCCGGAGGUGGCCGCGGACGCUGAGUCGCGGAUCGCGGUGGAGUUGCGUGAGAUGCGCGAACGAGAAGAGGAGCUGAAGCAGCUGCGGCAACGCAUCAGCUCGGGCAACCUGCUGGACAGCAUGGCCACCGACGAGGGCAACUGUUCCGAGUACAGCAGCGAGGAGAACAAGGAGCUCGGCAGCAGCCGCGUCAUGAGCCCUGAGGUGCCCCUCCAGCGGCCCUUCGGCCACCACAGGACCCAGUCCAUGGACUCGAUGAGCUCGGGCCACAGCUCGGGCUCGGGAGGGCCCAACGACUCCUCCCUGCCAGUUCUGCCCGUCAGGAGGCGCAUCACAGUCAAGCCCCUGGAUGAACCUGAGGACGACGAGUCCACCUAUUUGAAGAGCAGACUAAAUGAAACGCCAAUCGAGCGAGAAAUCCGUCUGGCCGCCGAACGCGAGGAGGAGUUGAAGCGCGAAAAGGGCACCGUGGCUGUCCCCCCGGUGACCCCAAAGACCCCCACGGAACAGAAACUGGUGGUGAAGCCGGCGAUUGCCAACGACUCGCGCGACGUGCAGCACCGAAUCGCCACCAGCCGCAUCCAGCAGGAGAUCAUGGAGGCGACCCAGCGUGAAAAGGACCUGAUCGCCGACGGCAAAAUCGUGACCCUCUCCGAGGACACCGUCGAUUCCAAGGUGACCCGAUUCACCGAGCUUGCCGAAUAUGCAAUGGCCGAGCAGCAAAAACAGCAGGUGGCCAACAAGUCAACGGCAGAAAUCAAACGUGUGGUGCGGCCAGUGGCCGUGGCCCCCGCCCCCAGUCCGGUGAGGAGCACCCCUCCUCCUCUGAACAAGGCGCGCUCCUUCGACGGCAGCGGCCAACGCGGCCUCAUGCAGCGCUUCCUCGCCUCCAAGGGCAACCUGGUCUUCGGCAACGCCACCCCUGGCACUGCUUUCGCAGUCGAGUCGCCCGUUUUCUCGCUGCCCAUUCGCAGAGAACCAGCGUUUGAGCUGGAGCCAGAACCAAAAGAAGCAAAAAUGCCACCAAGCACACCGAUCAGAAAAGGAUUCACUUCAGCUGGAGACAAAAUCCAAGAGGAGCUGACGCAGAUGAAGAAGAGAGAGGACGAGCUCAAACUGCAGAGGGCUCACAUUUUGGCGCAGUCGCAGCCCAAUCUGUUGGACCUGCUGGACCACGAGGCGGCCGAACCGACCGAGACUGAGGAGGAGGUGGAGGAAGAGCCCCGGCGGGACGUGGCCACCCUCAGCAAGGCCCUCUCCAACCCCAACCUGCUAGAUUCUAGUUCCUAUCCAGAAACAUCAAAUAGAAAGACGGCCGUGAGGAAGAGGAGUGCAUUGAUUGACCAGUGGGAGAGCCUGAUUCAAAAGAACAGCCAGCAAGUGUGAAUUUUUUUUUUUAUGUAAAAUAUGUAAUCUUUUCACAACGCAAUUUUUCGUCAAAGUUCAAUAGUUUUGUUUUGUAUUAAUUAUAUUAUCUUUUUGCCGAAAUUAUUUAUUUUCUUCGUAACCGGUAAGAAUUUCCGCAUGUGCUUACGUCGCAAUAAAUUUAACCGUAAUUAGCGUGUAAUUAAAUAAAACUCAUUGUGCUUCUAGAUGGUAAAAAAUAAACAACUUAUUUUGUUGUACA